AGUUGCGCACCUUACGAGUGUUGCUGCCAAGUAUUCAAGUUGUCAGCCCUGUAAUCCCUCAAUCCUUUGAUCCAUUGUACAACAAAAGCUAGGAGCUGAAAGGUCUUGUUGCCUUCUAGGAAAUUACGAGACAGUGGACAGAAGCUAUCAUGGUGCUGUCACAUGAACAGCAGCAUGCGGGCAGUCAUGAUGCGGAAAUAGAGGACAUGCCUUCAGCACCUGCUCUACGUGCUAAAUAUGUACCUGCGGCUCUUGUGCGCAAACCUAUCAAGAUGCGCAAGUUUAAGCGUUCGGAUCUAGAGGUUGCCAACAAGAUCGGUUCGGGGGCUUAUGGUGGAGUGUGGCAAGCAACUGUUGUUGACACAGACAAGGAAGUGGUUGUGAAGGUGGUUUGGCCAGACCAGGAUUUGGAUCCAGAGGACUUUCGAAUGAAUGGAUGCCCUACACAGGAGAGAUUAGAAGCAUUUCGAAGGGAGAUAGAGAUGAUGGAGGUUGCAGGGGCACAUCCAAACAUCAUCUCGAUCCUCGGGGCUACACCCGACUCAAGAGUCAUUGUACUGGAAGAGGCCAUGACCGACUUGCACACCAUCAUCAGCAGACAACGUCAUGGGUUGAAUCUGCCGAUCAUCACUCGAUGGACCAGAGACAUUCUACGAGGAGUUGCUUAUUUGCAUAGUGCCUUCGUGGUUCAUCGCGACUUGAAACCUGGAAAUAUCUUGAUCUUUCAAGAUAUGACUGCAAAGAUUGCUGAUUUCGGGCUGGCAAGGGAAUUCUCUUCUACAGAACGAAUGAUGGUGGGUCGAGAGAUUUGUACACUAUGGUACAGGGCCCCCGAGCUCUUGAUGGGGGCUGCCAAGUACUGCCCUAAGAUCGAUGUUUGGCCUGUCGGAUGCAUUUUCCUUGAGAUGCUCAUCGGUAAGAACCUCAU